AUGGCCGCCAUCCGUAAAAAGUUGGUUAUAGUUGGCGAUGGUGCGUGCGGGAAGACGUGCUUGCUGAUUGUGUUUAGCAAAGACCAGUUCCCUGAAGUUUACGUACCCACGGUAUUCGAAAAUUAUGUCGCAGAUAUUGAAGUGGAUGGAAAACAGGUGGAGUUGGCGUUGUGGGACACUGCCGGUCAAGAAGAUUAUCAUCGCCUUAGACCUCUUUCCUACCCAGAUACCAAUGUUGUACUUACGUGUUUUUCCAUCGAUAGCUCCGAUAGUUUAGACAACGUCCAAACCAAGUGGAUCCCAGAGGUGAAGCAUUUCUGUCCCAACGUGCCCAUUAUCCUGGUGGGGAACAAGAAAGAUCUUCGAAAUGAUGAGCGGGUGAGAAUGGAGCUGGCCAAAAAGAAGCAGGAGCCGGUGAAACCUGAAGAAGGCCGGGAGAUGGCUCAUCGGAUUGGUGCAUUUGGUUACAUGGAGUGUUCAGCCAAGACCAAAGAUGGUGUGAGGGCGGUUUUUGAAAUGGCCACGAGAGCGGCUUUGCAAGUUAGACUCGGAAAGAAAAAAUCCGAAUGCCUUGUCUUGUAAACGCAGUGGGAAGCCCAAGCCCUCACCCGGUUAAUUUUUGAAGGGCUAUUUAUCAAUCUUAAUGUAUUCUUACUGGCUUUUUUCUUUUAUGUAUAAUUUUACUUUAAGAUAACCAAAUCAAAACUCAUCUUGCUACCUGUAUUUAGAAGUCAACUAUGAUUGUUUAAUGACAGUCUUGUGUCCAAUACUAUCUGUAAAUAUCAGGGUCCCUCUGACAUUAUUCUUAAUUAUCUUCCUCACUUUCCCACCAGCACAUCUGAUACUAAUUCGAGAGAAUUCUUAACUUUUUGCUUCUUUCUAGAAAGAGAAAAGUGAUAACUUUUGUGAAUUGAAUUUUAAUUAUUUUUACACUAAACAAUAUUUGUUGCUGUCCACUAUGGUACCCUCUGGGGAAUGCACAGUCACUUCAGAGCAGGACCUUUCAUAAAGCUUUUUAUAAGGUCUGUGAUAUUAUUCAAUUGUUUGAAAAUGGGACCUACCCAGAAAUGGCAAGGCCUCAGCUGUUAUUAUUAGUUGCUAUGUAUAAUUAGUACCAUUUAAUGUAUGUUACA